CAGAGACAAAGGGAGAAGGAUCUAAGACAUUUAUCAAAAACAAAAAGAGUUGAUAAACUACAGUAAUGGAAAAUGAGGGUUCAUGAUCAACGGCUGAGAUUUGAUGUCACACCCAAGCCGAUGGGUUUGAACGGAAGUUCUUUGAUCACGGCAAGAUCCGUCGCACUUCUUCUCUUUCUCUCUCUGCUUCUUCUGAUUCUGCCACCGUUCCUGCCGCCGCUUCCACCGCCUCCGGCGACACUCCUCCUCCUUCCUCUACUCCUCAUGAUUCUCCUCAUUUUCUUGGCUUUUUCUCCUUCUAAUGAGCCCAGCCUCGCCGUUGAACCUCUCGACCCCUGAUGUCGGCGACUUGCGUUGCGAACCGUCCGUACAUACAUAAUAUGCAUUACACAAAUAUGUCUAAUUGUGUCUCUAUGUGUAUGUUAUUCAGGAGCAGAUUAAGGGCUUUUAGUUUUAGUUUCGUGCAAGUAAGAUCAUGUCAUGUGAUAGAUCUCCGAGUUUUUCUUUUCAAGGAUUUCGUGUAAAUUUAGUUUUUAAUUACUUUCUAUGAGCAAUUUUAUUUUUCAAUUCAAUUCGUUUUUUCUAUUCUUGUUUUGUAGAAGAAUUUUGUUUUAUCAGCGUCACAUUAUGAAUUGUAGAAGAAUAAUUUUAAAAUGCAGUAGAAGCCUUCAUGUCACAUACGUAUUUUAUACGUAUGAGUGUGUAUCAGUGUAUGUAUAUGUUUAUCUCUAUUUCCAUAAUAAUUUGAUGGAGGAAACAUGUCGUUGGGCUUAACGCUUUGCAUGUACUGAUUUUAAACAGGUUCCCCGCCAAUGCAAUGAAGUGGCAGACUCUUUGGACAAAAUGAGUUAUCAAAGACUCUAUUUUCCAUGUUCUUUAAAUCGAUUCUUAUUCAAAAAUUAUGUAAAUUUUUCCAAAGUAUUGAAAGCAUCAUUAAUUCUUUUUUUUUU